GAAUAAGCUCUAGGAGUUGGUGAAGGACAGGGAAGCCUGGCGUGUUGCAGUCCAUGGGGUCGUAAAGAGUCAGACACGACUGAGUGACUGAACUGAAAGUGGGGAGGAUCUGAGGCAAUCUUUCAGAUAAUUCAAUCCCAAAACCAGCCCAUGUGCUGCCUUGGGUUCUCCCCAUAAUAUAUAUACACACAUAGAAUUAUGCAAAUUCUAAAAACAGGUCUUCUCGUAAAGGUAGUUAAAUCAGUCCAGUGUGAAUACAUGUGGCGGGCCCAAGCAUUCUUUGUGAGGCUAAGUACUAUACAGCAUUCAGAACAAAGAUUCUAAACAACCUUUAGAAUCAGGUAGACCUGCAUUCAAAUACUGCCUCUGCUACCAUCAGAUCUAAGAGAUGGCAACUCAGCUUCUUCACCUGUGAACUGGGAACAGUAGCAGCAGUACCAAACUCAGUGGACUCUUACGAGCAUACGUGAAGAACACUGCAUGGGUUUGGAGAAGCAAUUUUUAAUGUUCUUAUUAAAAUCACCAUCAACAUUUACUAAGAUUUUAUAAAUGGACAGACUAAGGACUGAGACUGCCAAUUCUACAUUGUUCGAUACAAUUAAACCAUGAGCUCGAAUGGCUCAAAUGCAUCCCAUCCUCUGACAUUCCUAUAGGCUUCAUCCAGUUGCUGAAUUUGGGGGAGGGUAAAAGAGAACCAGAUAAAACUUUCCCAUUUGUAGAUAUUUUUAUUUUGGUACCUGCCUGAGUCCCUGGCAGGGUGGACCUGUCCUCUGUGCGGGGCAAUGGGGUGGCCCUGCCUGGAGGGGGUGGCUGAGGGAUGGGACAAAGGCGUGUGUGAACAGUGGCAGGUCACAAAGGGCAGCCAGGAUAAAUAUGGCUGCACAGGGGGUUUAGGCUGAGAGAGUGGUCACUUCUUUCACUAGGACUGCAGUUUCACAGCCUCUCGCAGAGACAAAAAGCCAGAAGCAGAAGUGAGGUGAGGUUGAGGGGGUGCCUACCAUACCUCUGCAACACCCUUGAAGAGACUCAGCCUGGGGUCCAGGCGCCCUGCAGCAUCCUCACGGCAAUCACCCACACCCUUACCCCCACCCCUGCCUCUGGGAGGCUCUGUGGGGUGUGGUGGGGUUGGGGGACCUGCCGUGGAGCCGUCUGCGUGACACAGGAGACCGCGGCUCCCUCUUCUGCCAAGGAGGCCAAGGAAAGGAAGACCUAGGGGCCCGCCUCGCCAGAGCAGCUUGUUGUGAUCACAGCCAGCCAUGAGCCGGGAGUCUCUGCUACCGUAUCACACGGCCCAGAGCGGCGCCGGAGCAGGCCUGUUCAACACCACCAUGGGCAAACUGCAGCGGCAACUGCACAAGGGUGAGUACGACAUAUUCAAGUAUGCCCCGAUCUUCGAGAGCGACUUUAUCCAAAUCACCAAGAGGGGAGAAGUGAUCGACGUGCACAACCGCGUCCGCAUGGUGACCGUGGGCAUCGCAUCCACCAGCCCCCUCCUCCCCCUCCCAGACGUCAUGCUACUGGCCCGGCCGGCCACCAAGGCCAAGAGCCGCAAGGCUGCAAAGACCUUAGAGCUCACCAGGCUCCUUCCCUUGAAGUUCGUGAGGAUCUCCAUUCAUGACCGUGAGAAACAACAGCUGCGCCUGAAGUUCGCCACCGGCCGCUCCUGCUACUUGCAUCUGUGCCCCCCGCUGGACUCUCGGGAAGACCUCUUCACCUAUUGGGAGAAGCUCGUCUACCUCCUCCGGCCGCCGGUGGACAGUCAGAGCAGCACCUACGCCAUUCCAGCCGGGGACAUGAUCUGCAUGCCCAUGUUAGAGGAGGACAGGAGGAGCCUGACAGCCAUGGAUUUCCAAGGCCGGGGCGAUCAGGACCAGGUAAGCGUCAGGAGCCUCCACGUGGGCUCCGAGGUGGCCGGGGCCACCUCUGCAGCUUUUGCCGGCGGGGAGGGCCUCCCACUGGACUUCUACAAUCCCGAUCCUGUGCCCAAUGGGGCCAUGGCAAACACCAAACCCAGGGAGCUUGAUGAAGAGUCAGCAGCAGGGGCAAUGAUGCAGGUGGCUGCAGCAGAUGCCACAGAGGGCGAUCUGAACAUGACCAAGUUCCAUGCCUCUGAAGAGCAGAGCAUGGCCAUUGAAGUCACCGUCACCAAGGGCCCAGAAGGAAACAAAAGCAACAUAGCCAUGGGAGGCACUGCCAAAACCUCCCUGAGGACCAGGAAAAGGGCCUUGGCACAUGGUACCAAAAACUUGGAGUACCCUUCCAGCACGUCCACCAGCCUCUCCCCAGAAGCCAGCAUGUCUAUGGUUGGAGUGGAGGCCACCAGGAAGACCACCAAAGGAAAAACCUAUCAGGAGGAUGAGGGGACCCUCAUCUCAGCCUUGCCACAGGAAGACCAAGAGAGUGAACAGGAAGACAGGCCCCAGAGAGUGUCCCAGGCCCGCAGGGGAAGAAGGGAGAGGAGGGAACACCGGCAGAAGGAGCGCGUGCUCAGGGGCUCGCAUCCCCGCAGGUCAGCCGAAGGCCGCCACAAGACUGUGGGGGACAAAGUGAUCCGGAAGACAGCCGACCGGUCCUCAGGCGGCCGGAGAGCUACGAGGGAUGACAAAAAGGAGAAAGGCCACGGCAGCCCGGGGGACAGCAAGCGGGGCACUGUGCACAAAGGUGUCAGCCAUGCUCCCAUCACCAAGGAGUCCAGGACCUCGCACAAAUCGGCCAGGAGCUUGUCUACGGGGAGUUCAUUCUCCACCAACAAGAGACUCAGCAGGAUCAGCUCUUUCCUGAGGAAUGUUCGAGCCAAUCUCACUACAAAGACGGUGGCCUUGUCACACGAUAAAGAUGUGGACAUCUUGGCGAAGGCAGUGGAAAGGAAAAGAAUGGAGGCCAUCAUGGAGACGGCAGAGAGUGGCCAGGGGCUGGAAAUCACUGGGAGUGUGACAUCCGAGGCCACGGAGACAGUGACCGUUGCAGCUCAUCAAUAGGACCUAGAGCUGGAAGCUGCAAAGGGGACCAGGGCUCAGGGAAAUAUCCCUGGCAAGUGUAUGCCAGCUUCCUUACCGCGGUUUAAAUAAAAGAACCAUACAACC